AUGACGCGCAACAUCCUCAUCGCGGUCCUCCGCAACGACCUUCGUCUGCACGACCAUCCGAUCUUCCACCUCUGUUCCGAGCCCACACCCUCGUCCGCCCAAUUCAAGAAGCCUAUCACGCACGUCCUGCCCGUCUACGUGUGGGAUCAGCGGCAUGUCGAAGUCUCUGGCUUCCCGUCUCUCGUCAAAGCGGGCAAGGAAGGCGGUGGCAAGGGCUCCUCCCAAUUCGCCAAGACGCGCGAACUCGGCAUCUGGCGCACGGGUGUCCACCGUACCAAGUUCAUCAACGAGAGCGUAUUCGAUCUGCGCGAACGAUUGCGGUCCGUCGGGUCCGAUCUGGCCAUCUUCGCCGGUACACCCGAGAGCGUCGUCCCUUCGCUCAUCAAGAGCAUCCGCGAUAAAGGCGAUACCGUCGAAGCCGUCUACCUCGGACGCGAGAUCAACACCGAAGAGGUCAACGUGCAGAAGCGACUCGACGGGAUCUUGGGUGAUCUGCAAUGCCCGUUCAAGUUGUUGGAGGGCAAGUCGUUGAUUCACUCGCGCGAUCUGGGGUUCCCGGUGAAGCAGUUGCCCGAUGUGUUUACCCACUUUAGGAAGCAGGUGGAGGGACCGGACAUGUUUCGUGCUCCCCUGGAGGCGCCGACUAAACUCAAGCCUUUCCCGGACAACGUCGAUGUGCAGGACGACGCGGGAGUGUACAAUCUCUCCACCAAGGACGAGUUCUCCAACAAAGAGGCUGUGGAGAAACACCUUCUCUCGCCGCUGCUGGAGGAACCGGUGCUGGGUCAUAAAGAGUUGCUAUCCAAAGUGACCUCCUCUUCACCCACCGAGUUCGACGUUCCGCACAGCGCCUUCCCCUACCGCGGUGGCGAGACGGAAGCGCUCAAGCGUCUCGAGCACUAUUUCGCAUCUGGCAAAUCUUCACCCGGAGCGUCGUACAAGGAGACGCGCAAUCAGAUGCUCGGUGCCGAUUACAGCACCAAAUUCGCCGCUGCUCUCGCUCACGGUCUCCUCUCUCCCCGACUCAUCGCCCAACGUGCUACGCAACUCGACGAACAGACUGGCGCACACAACAAGGGAGGAGGCUACUGGAUCCUCUUCGAACUGCUCUGGCGCGAUUACUUCUACUUUGUCGGCUGGAAAUUCGGUUCGCACCUCUUCACCUUGGGCGGGAUUGAGGAAGAGAUCUCGCCCAAAAGCGCUUCAUCCAAAGCGUACGAGUGGAAGAACAGUUCGAGUCUGACCGACCCGAAAGAUCACUUUGUUCGAUGGGCGACGGGCAAAACAGGUGUGCCCAUGAUCGACGCUAACAUGGUCGAACUGGUCCAAACCGGGUUUAUGAGCAACCGUGGGCGUCAGAACGUAGCGAGCUUCCUCACCAAGGAUUUGGGCUGGAAUUGGAGAUAUGGAGCAGAGUACUUCGAAAGCUGGCUGGUGGAUUUCGAUCCCAACUCGAAUUGGGGCAAUUGGCAGUAUGUGGCAGGAGUGGGCAACGAUCCGAGGAGCUCAAGACAGUUCAACCCGAUCAAGCAGGGGAAGGAUUACGAUGCCAAAGGAGAGUACGUCAAGACGUGGCUGCCCGUGUUGGAGGGCGUGGAGGAGAAGUAUCGGCAUCACCCCUGGACGACGCCCGGUGGAUGGGAGGCCAGGGGGGAGUAUCCCGAGAAGCCCAUGAUCGAACAGCAGAUGUGGAGGAAGCAUUAUAGCAAUGCGGGUGGGGCGCCGGGUGGUGGGGGUGGCGGGAGGGGCGGACGAGGGAAUGGCAGAGGUGGUGGACGGGGCGGCUACCGAGGUCGUCGCGGAGGCGGCGGUGGUGGCCACCGACAGCAAACGCAGUAG